AUGGCGCAGGAAGAAGAGAGUCACACUGUAGAUAAGCCUUGCACUUGCCAACCGUGUGGAAUAAGUGUCACUACAAAAGGAAGCCUUAAAGUCCACAUGCAAAUUCACACAAGAGAGAAACCUUGCCCCUGCCAACAGUGUGGUAAAAGUUUCACUCGAAAAAGAAGCCUAGAGAGCCACAUGAGAACUCACAGUGGAGAGAAACCCUUUAAAUGCCUUCAGUGUGGAAAGAGUUUUACACUUAAGCCAACCCUUUAUGCCCACAUGAGAAUUCACUCUGAAGAGAAGCCUUACACCUGCAAACUGUGUGGAAUAAGUUUAAUCCGAAAAAGAAACCUUAAAUUUCACAUGAGAAUUCACACUAGAGAGAACUUCUACACCUGCCAAGAAUGUGGGAAAAGUUACGUUCAAAAAGGAGGCCUUAAAGUUCACAUGGGAACUCUCUCUGGAGAUAAGCCUUUCACCUGCCAACAGUGUGGAAUAAGUGUCACUACAAAAGGAAGCCUUAAAGUCCACAUGCAAAUUCACACAAGAGAGAAACCUUACCCUUGCCAACAGUGUGGUACAAUUGUCAUUCAAAAAGCAAGCCUAGAGAGCCACAUGAGAACUCACACUGGAGAGAAGCCUUACACCUGCCUUCAGUGUGGACAGAGUUUUACAUAUAGACGGUUUCAAUGGCAACAACACAAACGAACGUUACUGCGCAUCCGCGCUUUUGUGGACCUAACUUAA